GACACGUAUAAAUGCGCAGUGCCUCGCUUCUGUAGCGGCUGUCCGCCGAAACCGCGCACCACUCAACCACGCGUACGCGCACCCGAAAAUAAACAACGAAAAAAUAUAAUAAGUAUUUUCGAGUUAACUGAAAAUCUUCAAAAAAUCAACCAUGAACAACGCCGCUUUGUACGAGAAAGCUAACAGCAUGCAGAAAAGGGAUGCACUCAACUUUUUAGAAGACAUCUCCCCGAAACUGAAGUGGAAGAAAAGUAUCAGCAACAUUCUGGACAUUGGAUGUGGAGAUGGAUGUGUCACCAGCAUGCUGAAGAAGUACAUUCCUACGGACUUCAAGCUGCUCGGCUGUGACAUAAGUGAGAAGAUGGUGAACUACGCCAAUGACCACCACUGCAAUGAACAGACCUCGUUCACAGUACUGGACAUCGCAGGAGAUAUUCCCGAAGGCAUGAAGGGAAAAUUCGACCAUGUGUUCUCCUUCUACGCCUUGCACUGGAUCCUGGAUCAAGAACGCGCAUUCCAAAAUAUUUACGAUUUGCUGAGUAAAGAUGGAGAGUGCUUCACGAUAUUCGUCGCAGGCGCACCCGUGUUCGACGUGUACCGUACUCUAGCGCGUAAUAACAAAUGGAGCGCGCUGUUCACAGAUGUCGAGAAAUACAUUUCCCCAUACCACGACUCACAGGAUCCAGCGAAAGAAGUUAGGAAAAUGUUAGAAAAAAUCGGUUAUGUGAACUACAAGGUGGAAGUCAAAAACUUGGUGUAUACGUACGACAACUUCAGAAUUUUAUGGACAACCCUACAGUCUAUCAACCCAUUCAACAUCCCGAAGGACAGGGAAGACGAUUUCAAGCAAGAUUACUUAAAGAUUUUACAAGAUAUGAAAAUUGUGUCCAAAUAUAAUACCGAUGAUGCAAGUGUGAACUUUAAAUAUCGGUUGAUAGUUGUACAUGCUCACAAGCCGGCUUCAGAAUUUUAGAAGUAAUGAUCACAAGUAGACUGACUGAACAUUUGUAGUACAAUAACAAAACCUGAUGCAAGCUAGGAAUUCCAAUCUUAUCACAACGUAGGUACCCUAAUAAAUGUCAUUUUUGCAAGAUGUGUUAACCUUAGUAUGAGUUUGCUUUACGUUUAACUAGAGCGCGUUCAACGCUCUGAUUGGCCGGUUCGAAUAAACCAACCAAUGAGAGCGCUCUCGUUUCUAUUACUUUAAACGUAAAACUAAUUCGUACUAAGGAUGCUGGCAUGUUAAAAAACGUUCGCUUCGGCAAAUAUUUUUGUUUGUAUAAUGGGUGAAGGCAUUUUGGAUGAAUGGUGAUGGUACCAGUAUGUAGACCAUCGCAAGUAACCUCUUCUACGAGCAGGUUAUAUUGUAAAUAGAUUUGUUUUAUAUGAGAAUUAGUUAAGUAUUUAUUUAUAAUGUUUAGGUUUAUGAUGAAAGGGUUUAAGGCCAUAUUCGAUAUGAUAUUUGAGAUUAAUUUCUUGUUUGAACUGAUCCUGAUCAUACCUAUGCUUACCAAAUUGUCAUUGCAGUUUUAGUCCCUUUGACAUUAAUUAAGCUAUAUUUACAGUACAGACACGUUUAUCGAGCGGUUACAAGUACGAUUACGGAGCAAGUGGAUAAAGUGUUAUUGGGUUUUUCUCGAAUUUUAGAAAAUUCUUGAUAGUGGCUCGAAUCUCGGGCAUUAAGAGAUGUGAUGCUUCUGCAAUGGUUUUAUAAAAGAAUUUGACCAAUAGCGCACAAAAACAAACUAACCGCUCUUCUAUAUUCAAUCUUACUUCUUCUUUCUUUGUUAAAUAAAAUUGUUUAUACGACUAUCUCUAUUAUAUUUGUGAAUAAUGAACAUGAUUUGUGAAUUUUAACUUUUGACAUAAUUAAAAAUGUAUAAAAUUAUUUAAUUCGAAAGGCCUACUGUAUUUGUGAUGUUUUUGUAUUUUUAAUUUAAUAAAUAAAAAUUGUAUUCCGAACCCAAGUUUGAUAUAAAUGUAUUAAAUGGAUAUUAUUUUAUAAAU